UCGACGGCGCGAAAACGUCUGCAGAACUUGGAAAAUGUUGGUAAAUAAAUCACGAAAACGCGAGUGUCUUUUUGGGUUUAUCGGGAAAUUCCACUGAUGUUUCGUCCUUUAUUGUGCUGUUAGAGAAGCAUAAAGUAUUAAAUUAUUCAGAGAAGUGUUGGCUUAUGCCGUUCAUGCUCCGGGCGUUCUACUUUUCCGGCUUCCUGGGAAGAAAGUUAAGUUCUUGUUCGAGCAAAACCGGUAAUGAUUUGAUCCCUCCGGUGGUCAUGAAAUACCUGAACGUUGCGGAGAAAAAUGAUGCGGCGAAAAAUAUUGCUGGUUUGCUGUCUCGAGGAUCGGCUAAUCGGCGUGAAGGCCUAUCCCCAUACAACAAAAUUUAUGAAUUCCAGUAUAAUAUCCGGGGACAGCAAAUUCAGAUGGUGAUGACAUCAGUUUCAGGUCAUUUGUUGAACCACGAAUUCUUACCGUCAUUCCGCGGUUGGCACAGCUGCAGCCCGGAACAGUUGUUUGAUGCCCCGGUCCGGAAAAGCUGCACCGAGAAUGGUGAAAAAAUCAAGAAAACUUUGGAACGGGAAGUUCGAGGCUGUCAUGCGCUGGUCAUUUGGACCGAUUGCGAUCGAGAAGGGGAAAACAUUGGGUUUGAAAUAAUGGAGGUGUGCCGAGCUAUUAAACCUCAAAUUCGAGUUCUUCGGGCAAAGUUUUCCGAAAUCACUGGCCCUUCUGUAAAGAGGGCUGUAGAAAAUUUGACCGAUCCCGAUGAAAGACAAAAUGACGCCGUAAAUGUUCGCAGCGAGCUAGAUCUUCGCAUCGGGGCCGCAUUUACGAGAUUCCAAACGUUGAGGUUGCAAAACGUUUUUCCGGAGAAAAUAGUAAAUAAUUUGGUAUCGUACGGUAGCUGCCAAAUUCCGACGUUGGGUUUCGUGGCUCAGAGGUAUAAAGAGAUCGAACGCUUUAUUCCACAAAACUUUUGGAAGAUCAAACUAACCCACACGAUUGAUGAGUUGACUGUGGAAUUCCAUUGGGCUCGGAAUCGUCUAUUCGAUAAGCAAUGUUGCGAGGCAUAUCUGAUGAUGUGUCAGGCCGAUCCAACGGUAAAGAUAGUAAACGUGACAAAUAAACCGAAAAACAAGUGGCGUCCGACGCCAAUGGAUACGAUAGAGCUGGAAAAAUUAGGAUCUAGGAAACUUAAAAUUAGUGCGAAACAAACAAUGACCAUUGCCGAAAAGCUUUAUACUCAGGGUAUCAUAAGUUAUCCUCGUACGGAGACCAACAUGUUCACGCAGGACAUGAAACUUGGCCCUUUGGUGGAAAUGCAAGCUAAUCAUCCGGACUGGGGUUCGUUUGCACAGAAAGUUCUUGAAUGGGGGCCGAAUCCGAGAAAUGGGAAGAAAUCUGAUCAAGCCCAUCCACCGAUUCAUCCGACCAAAUUCGUUAAUAACCUAAAUGGCGAUGAGCGAAAGGUGUACGAAUUGAUUGUUCGCCAUUUCUUGGCUUGCGUGAGUCGAGAUGCUGUGGGUGCGGAAACGAUUGUGAAUGCCAUUUUGGCUGAAGAAGAAUUCACCGCAUCGGGCUUGUGUGUACUGGAAAAAAAUUAUCUUGAAGUUUACCCGUACGAAAGGUGGAACUCGAAAGAGAUCCAUCGCUAUCAGAUUGGAAACACUUUUGAACCGACGGAGUUGGAUUUACACGAGGGUUCAACCACGGCUCCCAACAUGUUAACGGAAGCGGAUCUGAUAGCCCUGAUGGAGAAACACGGAAUAGGGACUGAUGCGACACAUGCUGAACACAUUAACACAAUCAAGGAACGUGGAUACAUCGGGGAGGUAGAUCGGGGGUUUUUGGUACCUGGCACGUUGGGUAUGGGAUUGGUAGAGGGCUACGAGUCGAUGGAUUUGCCUUUGGCACAACCUGAGCUUAGAGCAGGUCUCGAAGCAGAUUUGAAAUUGAUUUGCGAAGGACAAAAAGAUCCUAAAAUAGUGUUGGCAGAACAGAUUCAAAAAUAUAAGGAGGCCUACAGGAUAAUAACUGCAAAGGCUAGAGCUUUAGACCAAGCUAUGGGACAGCGUCUCAAUGAAGCUCCACGAGAUGCGCCGGUUAAUCAACCGGUGGCUGGCACCACCACAGUUCAUUUGAUCUGUAAAUGUCCAAAAUGUUCGCAGAUGAUGACUCUGAAGACCAAGAAAGAUGGAACCAGUUUUUAUCUCGGUUGUCUUGGGUUUCCAGAUUGCAAGAAUUGCGUAUGGUUUGAUGAAAACAUUAAGGAAGCAACUGGAACGGAUGAAAUUUGCACUAGGUGUGGUGGAGCAAAUAAAAAAAUAGAAGUGAAAUUUAAACAAUCAAGAUUCUACGGUAUGUUGAACCACACCAACAAUAAUUCCUACAGAACUUGCAUCGUAUGUGACGACCAAUUCCGAGAUUUACUGGGAAUUGAUGCUAGCCUUGUUAAACAAUUCCGUAACAAUGGGAUCCGAGCUGAUGUUAGUAUUCCUCAACGGGGUACCGUACCCAGAUCAACAAAUCUCCCUUCUGCGUCAGUUCAUCUACCAUCACAGAAUCCUUCAAAUGGUUCAAGCGGUCGAGGGACAGGACACACAAACACCACCAGGUGGAACUCCAACGAAGAUGACGAUGAUGAUAGACGGGGAGGUGGAGGAGGAGGAGUCGUUUCUUCCGGUCGCACAAAUAGUACAACCAGUAGCGGAUGGGGCACCACCAGCUGGAACUCUUCUUCAAAUUCUACACAAAACAGGAGUGUUCCGCCAACAAGACCGACGAAUUUCAGCGCCGUUAACACUGGUAGUACGUCAUGGAAUCAAAACUCGAGGCCGCCACAACAACCUCGAUCGAGAACAUCCUUCGGAGUGGAUGAUGCCGAUGUAGUCAUGUGCCGUUGCAAUCAACCCGCCAAGGAACUAACGGUUAAGAAGGAUGGUCCCAAUAAAGGUCGACAGUUUUUCAGUUGCUGUAAACCACAAAACGAACAGUGUGGAUUUUUCCAAUGGGCUGAUGAAAAUACUACUCCGGCAGCCGGAUCAUCAACCUGGGGACAAAGUCGUCCUCCGAUGAAUUCGAACGAAUCAGCUUCUGGUUAUAAUGGUGGAGGCGGUAGUUUUGCUGGUGGGAAUAAGAAGCGAACUAAUACCACUACGUCUGAUUGGGGUAGAAGCGGUGCUCGGGGAAAUACGGACGGAGGAGAACGACAGAAGGCCACUAGAAAGUGUGGUUUUUGUAGACAAGAGGGCCAUACAAAGGCAAAAUGUCCGCAGCGACAAAACAUGGACUUUUGAUUUUUGUUGCUUUAAUCUUAAGAUAUUGUGUCUUACCGCUUUGUUAAACCUGUACAUAAAG